GCCCAGGCCUGGCGGCCCUUGGCCGAACCAUGGCGCGGCCGGAUGAGAUGAUGUCACCCAAAGGUGCCUCCCCCGAAAGUGCCAUGAAAGGACGGCUGUCGGACAGCAGGAACGACAGGGCUCCUGGAUCACGCGAGAGUAAGGGAGGUGCUGGGGGCAUUGAUGACAGCCUCACAGAAUUACUCGCCAGCUUGCACGAUAGCCACCCUGCAAGUGCCUCGCCAUCCGGUGCUGUGAGACGCCUAUCUGAUCACAAAAACGACAGGGCGAACGACAACAAAGGGGCUCCUCGAGGUGGUGCCGUUGAUGAUGGCCUCAAUGAAUUGCUUGCCAGCUUACAUGACAGCCGCCCUGCAAGCUACGGUGGCAGCAUGGCACCCGUAGCUGUUCUCCAGGCUGCGUUGCUUCCCAGCUCAGAACCACCUUCACGUGGACGAGGCACCUCACGACCGCGGGACGGGAAACCACCGCGCUUGUCAGGCAGUCCACAAGGUGGUCGAGUCACACCACAACAUCGAGACGAUGCCGCUCCAGAGGCAAUGGCUGCCAGCCCAGCCAGCUCUCCAACCGAGAAGAGGCCUCCACCGUUGUCCUCUCCGUCAGAGAAGGCUGUGCCAUCCCCUUGGGGCAAAGUUCCAAGUGGCAAGACAGCCUUCAUCAGCCUUGCUUCUGACGAGAAUGCCGCUUUUCGUCCCUACAUGGAAGAUGGGCAGCAGGUUCUUCAGCCGUUGCUUCGAACUGGUCGGGACAAGGAGGAGAUUUGGGAUUUCUUCGGCGUCUACGAUGGCCACGGGGGACGUUCAGAAGUGGACUAUGUGGAGGAGAAGCUUCACACCACCCUGACGGUGGAAUUGAGAUCUCGGAAACCACAAGAGGCUUUGGUGCAGACGUUCAAGAAAGUGGACGGCCAGCUUGCCAUGAUGGGUGCUUGGAACAGCGGCUGCACAGCCACGGUGGUCUUGGUACAUCAGUGCGGCCAGCAGGGCGUUCGGUCAGUGCACGUGGCCAACGUGGGUGACUCGCGGGCUGUCUUGGUGUCACCCAGUGGAGACAGCCGACGUGU